AUGCAAGCACGUAAUGGAGAAGGUCUUCCGACUGAAGGGGGUCCAGCUGCUGGAGCUUCAGCGAAGACUCCGUCGAGAAUGCCGGCUAGAAGUGUUCCGCAAAAACCAGUGACCACAAUGAGAACUCCAGCCGCCACCCCGGCUGCUCCACCAACCCGUCCAACUCCAUCCCGUUCUUCAGCUGCUCCGAGAGCAACAGCUCCAACUCCAACAGCAGCACCUCCAAAAACUUGUGCACCGCCCGUUCGUUCUGCAUCAACCGUAGCAGCGGCUGCUGCUGCUGCACCACCGGGAGUCGAUAUGGCGACAUUUAAUAAAUUAAAAGAAGAACUGGAAGAAGUUACACGUCAGCUGACAGAAUCUGACAAUGUUAUUGCAAGUCUGGAAAAAGAAAGAGACUUUUAUUUUAGUAAACUUCGAACGAUUGAAGUUAUUUGUCAGGAUAAUGAAUCGAUUGGAAAUGUUGAAGUUAAUCGAGUUUUGGAGGUUCUCUACGAGACGGAAGAAGGAUUCGCACCACCAGAAGACGAGGCAAAUGGCGGAGCAGAAGCCGAAGAAUUCUAA